AUGACUGACAAGAUCCGUAACACGGCGAAGGGCCGAAUCGCCGCUAACGGUUAUCGCCUGUGUAAUCCAAUCAAGGAGGGAGAGGUGAUUGGCAAGCAAUGGAUUAUCGGACGCGCUGUUGGCUGUGGUGGCUUUGGCGAGAUCUACCUCUGUCACGAGAAGGAUAAUCCAAAGAAUCAAUAUGUGAUGAAGGUCGACAAUCUCAAUGGACCACUCUUCGUGGAGGUGAACUUCUUUAUUCGUGUCAUCUCCAAUGCCAAUGCCAACGUCAAGAACUUCAUGGAAGAGAAGGGACUGGACUACCUUGGUAUUCCUCGUUUUAUUGCAUCCGGAACCGACACCAUCAAGAGCGGCUCUUACCGGUACCUUGUGAUGGAGCUGCUCGGCGAAGAGCUGCAGUCAGUUCUUGAGAAACAUCGCCUUAGUAUUAGUGUGACUUCACGAAUUGCCUGUCGCAUAAUCGAUGCUCUCGAGUUCAUCCACAACGCGGGCUACAUCCACGCAGAUAUUAAGGCUCAGAACAUUCUUCGGUUAAAAAGUUCUCAGUCCACUGCUCAGGCGACCCCAAAGAACAAGCGAGCAAGCAAAAGAACAAUCACCGAUUCCACUGUCGACAAUGAAAUUCUGGAAGAUGACAAAUAUGUGCUGAUUGACUUCGGUCUCGCCGACCGUUUCAUGUUUCAAGGAAAUCACAAAAACAAUGAAAUCGACAAGCGCAAAGCAAAUAACGGCACCUGUGAAUUUCGAUCCCGUGAUGCUCACCUUGGUGUUAUUUCACGAAGGAGUGAUAUUGAAUCUUUCGGCUACUCUCUCAUCCUCUGGUUCUACGGACGACACCCCUGGGAGAAUUUGCUCAAAAAUGCAGAUCAAGUUCUCGAGAAGAAGAACUGGGCCAUGGAUCACAUUGACCUGUUUUUGAAGGAGGCGUUCAGUGAUAAACCCAUUAAUAGCGGCCUCAUUUCCGACUCAAAGGCAUCGUCAAGCAAGUCCAAAACCGCCGAAAAGGAGACUGCCGUCCGAAAGCGAACCAUUCCCAUCAACACCACAGUACCGAAGGGGCUGAAUAAGUUCUUUGAGGCCGUGAAGGCUCUCGAGUACAACGAAAAGCCUGAUUACGACAAGCUGAGGAGCAUUCUCAGGGACAUUGGCAGGCUGAACGGCAACCAGCCCACUUACUCAAACGGCGUGAACAGCAACGGCAAAAAGACGCGCAACCCUGCAACGCCCAAGGCGCCUCGACUUAGCACUCCACUCAUCUGCAUGACACCUCCAGACGGUGGCGAGAGUCCACUCUUUGGGCCAUUUGAGGUAGACGACAGCAUCAAGGAGAAUCAACUGCACCUCAAUCACCGCAUCAGCAGCGCCAAGAAGCUGAACAAUGUGAUGAAGGGCAGCGAGGAGGGGGAAGAGGCGCGGAAAUUGCGCUCACCGCGGAUCUUCAUCGACAGCAAACCUCGGCGUCCGGCGAAGCGGACUGCUGCCGCAACAAUGACCUCCAAUGGCGCCGGCACGUCAAAAAAGACGGCGACGGCGACCACCAACGGCAAAAAGAGCGCCACCUCAGCGUUGAGCAAUGGCACUGCCGGCAACCACUCAUCAUCCACUCCAGCUCGCGGCGGCAGCAGUAAUGGCGCCACCAAUGGCGGGGGCACCAACGGCGGGGGCGUCAUGAUGACUGCCGCCAUGCUGAAGAUUCGCCAAAAGAUUGCCGACCGAAAGACCGAGGAGAAGAAGAAGGUCGUUCGAAAGACUCCACUCAAAAAGUGA